UAGCUAUAGUAUCAGGCUGUGUUUAUGGAGACAGAUCUGAACUUGGAGAUCUGCAGAUGGAGGCUGAGAGAAGAGUGAGCUCAGCGAAUGAGCUUAAAGAACACAUCCGAUUUCUCACAGAAGAAAACGUUCAGCUACGCAGCAAACUGGGAUCCUUCCAGAGUAAAGUGGCUCAGCAGGCCUCCUCCAGCAGAGACCUGUCCUCUAAACUGGUGCAGAGUGAGGAGGACAAGCUGAAGAUCUCUAAAGAUCUCGUGGAGGCCCAGAUUGAAACUAACAAACUGAGAGAGCAGUACGAGGAGGAGAUCUUCCAGCUGAAGAAUAAGGUUCUGACCCAGGACGAGGCGAUUUCGUCGGUGGAGGCGGUGUCUGAGCGGCUGAAGCUGGAGGCGGAGUCUCUGAGGGCGGAGUUAGGGGUCACUCGGGGUCAGAGUCAGGAGCUGGAGGAGGAGUACGGCUCUCUGAAGAGCAGCUUCCUGAGUGUGAGCGAGGCUCUGGAGCAGGAGAUCACACACUCGGACCAGCUGAGCGAAGAGCUGCUCACACUCGCGCACACUCACGACACACUGCUGCGCGAGAGGCAGCGCUCUCACAAACACACACUGGAGGUGGAGCGAGUCCGAGCACUGCUGAGCAGAGUAUCACACAGCAGAGUCAGGCCGGAGGAUCUGAGCCAAAAUGCUGCUGCAGAUAAACGAGCCAAGACUCAGCCUAGGAUUCAGGAUGAGCUGAGGGAGGAGCUAGAGAAGAUGAGGAGGAGUUAUGAAGAACAGCUGAGACGAUUGGAGGAGAAAAUUGUGUCUAUGGGAAAAGAUCAGCAGGAGAAUAAGAGAGCGAUCCGCAGCACUCAGCAGGAGCUAGCACAGCAAUCAGCCGCUCUGAUUACCUCUCAGUUCCAGCUGAAGGAGGUGGAGGCUGAGAACUCUAAACUGCAGAAUCACCUGAAGGAUCUGAACCAGGAGUACAGAGCCCGACUCACACACUACAUCCACGACAUCACGGAGUUUGCGCGUGGUGUGUGUGAGGCUGAUGUUGGUGGGCGUCUGAAGGAGUUUGUGGACUCCAUGCUGAGGGAGGUGAGGGGGUCGUAUCGCUCCAGAGAGGAGCAGCUCACCAGCUCUGUGAGGAACUACCGCUCCCGCCUCAACAAACUCAACAACACACACCAGCUACUGCUCAUCGCCUACAGAAUGCAGCGGGAGCAGAUCCUGGCCCGUGCUGCUGGUGAUGGUGGUCUGGAGGCGGGACCACCUGAGGCUACCUUCAGCCCUGGAGAGUCUGAGAUCAGAGGAGAGACUGAGAGAGAACUACAGAGGCUGAGAGAGGACAAACAGAGCCUAGAGAAACAGCUCACAGCUGCACAGCAACAGGUGGCAGCACUGUCACAGCCCUCCCAGAGGCUGAGUGAAGAGGCCUGGACUGAUAUCAGGAGUCAGCUCAGAGACAUGGCCAACACCGCCCAGGAGGCGCAGGAGAGGGAGCGGCUGCAGUUGGUCAGCAGGGCGGUGCUGGCGGAGCAGCAGGUGUGUGAACUUCAGGAGUAUGUGGACAAUCACCUGGGCAGGUAUAAGCUGGAGGUCACUCGUUUGCGCAGGAUGUUGGGAUUGGAGGCGGGGCGUUCACAGAGUGCAGAGCUCCCUAAGCCCCGCCCACAGAACACAUCACUCAGAAACACCAGUAAAGAGAUAUAAACUCAGCCAAACUGUGCCAAACAUUACAGAUCAGCCAAUUAAACCACUGCUGCUGAAUCACAUGAUCAUAGGAUUGUAGUACAGUCUUAUCCAAUCAGAUGCAUGAUUCUUUUUACAUUCACUGAAAUACUGAUUUAUUUACUGAUUUUA